AUGGCGGUGCCGGCUCGGACCUGCGGCGCCUCUCGGCCCGACCCGGCGCGGACCGCGCUCCGAUGGCCCAGCCGCGGCUCCCGGCUCGGCCCCGGCGCCCGGCGCCCGGCGGCCGGUCCCCCGCGCCCGCUGGCGCUGCUCCUGCCGCCGCUGCUGCUGCUCCCGCUGCUCGCCGCCCCCGGCGCCUCAGCCUACAGCUUUCCUCAGCAGCACACGGUGCAGCAUUGGGCCCGGCGCCUGGAGCAGGAGAUUGAUGGUGUGAUGCGGAUCUUUGGGGGCGUCCAGCAGCUCCGCGAGAUCUACAAGGACAACAGGAAUCUGUUUGAGGUGCAGGAGAAUGAGCCUCAGAAGCUGGUGGAGAAGGUGGCGGGGGACAUUGAGAGCCUGCUGGACAGGAAGGUGCAGGCCCUGAAGAGAUUGGCUGAUGCUGCAGAGAAUUUCCAGAAAGCUCACCGCUGGCAGGACAACAUCAAGGAGGAAGACAUCGUGUACUAUGACGCCAAAGCCGAUGCUGAGCUGGACGACCCUGAGAGUGAGGAUGUGGAAAGGGGGUCCAAGGCCAGCACCCUCCGGCUGGACUUCGUUGAGGACUCAAACUUCAAGAACAAGGUCAACUAUUCAUACACGGCCGUGCAGAUCCCCACGGACAUCUACAAAGGCUCCACCGUCAUCCUCAAUGAACUCAACUGGACGGAGGCCCUGGAGAAUGUGUUCAUGGAGAACCGCAGGCAGGACCCCACCCUCCUGUGGCAGGUCUUCGGCAGCGCCACGGGAGUCACUCGCUACUAUCCAGCUACGCCGUGGCGAGCCCCCAAGAAAAUCGACCUGUACGAUGUCCGAAGGAGACCCUGGUAUAUCCAGGGGGCCUCGUCGCCCAAGGACAUGGUCAUCAUCGUGGAUGUGAGUGGCAGUGUGAGUGGCUUAACCCUGAAGCUGAUGAAGACAUCAGUCUGUGAGAUGCUUGACACGCUCUCUGAUGACGACUAUGUCAACGUGGCCUCGUUCAAUGAAAAGGCGCAGCCUGUGUCAUGCUUCACACACCUGGUGCAGGCCAACGUGCGCAACAAGAAGGUGUUCAAGGAAGCUGUGCAGGGCAUGGUGGCCAAGGGCACCACGGGAUACAAGGCCGGCUUUGAGUACGCCUUCGACCAGCUGCAGAACUCCAACAUCACUCGUGCCAACUGCAAUAAGAUGAUCAUGAUGUUCACGGAUGGCGGCGAGGACCGCGUGCAGGACGUCUUUGAGAAGUACAACUGGCCCAACCGGACGGUGCGCGUGUUCACUUUCUCCGUGGGGCAGCACAACUAUGACGUCACACCGCUGCAGUGGAUGGCCUGCACCAACAAAGGUUACUAUUUUGAGAUCCCUUCCAUCGGUGCCAUCCGCAUCAACACGCAGGAAUAUCUUGACGUAUUGGGCAGGCCCAUGGUGCUGGCGGGCAAGGAGGCCAAGCAGGUGCAAUGGACUAAUGUGUACGAGGAUGCACUGGGGCUGGGGAUGGUGGUGACAGGGACCCUCCCUGUUUUCAACCUGACACAAGACGGCCCUGGGGAAAAGAAGAACCAGCUGAUCCUGGGCGUGAUGGGCAUCGAUGUGGCUCUGAAUGACAUCAAGAGGCUGACUCCCAACUACACACUUGGAGCCAACGGCUACGUAUUUGCCAUUGACCUGAAUGGCUACGUAUUGCUUCACCCCAACCUCAAGCCCCAGACCACCAACUUCCGGGAGCCUGUGACCCUGGACUUCCUGGAUGCAGAGCUGGAGGAUGAGAACAAGGAGGAGAUCCGCAGGAGCAUGAUCGACGGCAACAAGGGCCACAAGCAGAUCAGAACCCUGGUCAAGUCCUUGGAUGAGAGGUACAUAGACGAGGUGACGCGGAACUACACCUGGGUGCCCAUAAGGAGUACCAACUACAGCCUCGGGCUCGUGCUCCCGCCAUACAGUACCUUCUACCUCCAAGCCAACCUCAGUGACCAGAUCCUACAGGUCAAGUUGCCAAUCAGCAAACUGAAGGAUUUUGAGUUCCUGCUCCCCAGCAGCUUUGAGUCUGAAGGACAUGUUUUCAUUGCUCCCAGAGAGUAUUGCAAGGACCUGAAUGCCUCAGACAACAACACCGAGUUCCUGAAAAACUUCAUUGAGCUCAUGGAGAAAGUGACUCCAGACUCCAAACAGUGCAACAACUUCCUCCUGCACAACCUGAUCCUGGACACAGGCAUCACACAGCAGCUGGUGGAGCGCGUGUGGCGGGACCAGGAUCUCAACACGUACAGCCUUCUGGCCGUGUUUGCCGCCACCGAUGGUGGCAUCACUCGAGUGUUCCCCAACAAGGCAGCUGAAGACUGGACAGAGAACCCCGAGCCCUUCAAUGCCAGCUUCUACCGCCGCAGCCUGGACAACCACGGCUAUGUCUUCAGGCCCCCCCAGCAGGAUGCCCUGUUAAGGCCUCUGGAGCUGGAGAAUGAUACGGUGGGCAUCCUUGUCAGCACAGCUGUGGAGCUCAGCCUGGGUGGACGUACACUGAGGCCAGCAGUGGUAGGCGUUAAGCUGGACCUAGAGGCCUGGGCUGAGAAGUUCAAGGUGCUAGCCAGCAACCGUACCCACCAGGACCAGCCUCAGAAGCAGUGUGGCCCCAACAGCCACUGUGAGAUGGACUGCGAGGUUAACAAUGAGGACCUGCUCUGUGUCCUCAUUGAUGAUGGGGGAUUCCUGGUGCUGUCAAACCAGAACCAUCAGUGGGACCAGGUGGGCAGGUUUUUCAGUGAAGUGGAUGCCAACCUGAUGCUGGCACUCUACAAUAACUCCUUCUACACCCGCAAGGAGUCCUACGACUAUCAGGCGGCCUGUGCCCCCUUACCCCCUGGCAACCUGGGUGCUGCACCCCGGGGCAUCUUUGUGCCCACCGUUGCAGACUUCCUUAACCUAGCCUGGUGGACGUCUGCUGCAGCCUGGUCUUUGUUCCAGCAACUUCUCUAUGGUCUCAUCUACCACAGCUGGUUCCAGGCAGACCCCGCGGAGGCCGAGGGGAACCCCGAGGUGCGCGAGAGCAGUUGCGUCAUGAAACAGACCCAGUACUACUUCGGCUCGGUGAACGCCUCCUACAACGCCAUCAUCGACUGCGGAAACUGCUCCAGGCUCUUCCACGCGCAGAGACUGAUCAACACCAACCUUCUUUUCGUGGUGGCCGAGAAGCCGCUGUGCAGCCAGUGUGAGGCCGGCCGGCUACUGCAGAAGGAGACACACUGCCCAGCGGACGGCCCGGAGCAGUGUGAACUGGUGCAGAGACCGCGAUACCGGAGAGGCCCACACAUCUGUUUCGACUACAACGCCACGGAAGAUACCUCAGACUGUGGCCGCGGAGCCUCCUUCCCCCCGUCGUUGGGCGUCCUGGUGUCCCUCCAGCUGCUGCUCCUCCUGGGCCUGCCUCCCCGGCCGCAGCCUCAAGUCCACGCCACGCCACUCUGA